CAGUGAAAUUUUGGCAGUUUUUAUUUUACGAGUUUAUUCAUUGAUAAGCUACAAAGUAACAAGUUGUUUAAAGUGAACAAUAUUGUUUUGUUUAUUUUCCAUUAUAAAAUGGACAGUUAUUUUAUGAAAAAUUGAGGGUUAUAAAUUCAGAUUACUCACGUAUUUAUUUCUAAAUAAAAUGUUUGAAGAGUACUUGUGCACCUAUCAUGCAGAUGAAUUGUUGGAUAUAUUAAAACACAGUGAAAAGAAUCACCACUAUUCUUUAACAAUUAAGUAAGAUAUCAAUAAAUAUUAUUUUGAUUUAUGUAUCUAUUUAUUUGUUUGUAUGUUAUUAGUUUUGUGACACUUUUUGAGGAAGAUCCUAAAUUAGGGGAAGCACUAAUUCAAGAUUCUAUAAACUUUCUUGAACAGUGUGAUAAAGAUUUAAUUGUUGCUCAAAGAGUGUUAAAAAGAAAUCACAAGGAUGAACCAAUUAAGCUUCGUAUAAAAAAAAAAGUACACACCCGAAUUACAGGUAUGUUAUUUUGUACGGUUACAUUGGAUCAUAGAGUGAUUAAACUAGAUAAAUGGAAUUAGUGACCAAUCGGGGAAAAAAAAUUAUUGAUUAUUUUAUAAUAGUUACUUCUAAUAAUUUAUACCUAAUGGAAGUUUAUUCUAAAGCAGAAGCGGGUUGACUCAAGUGACAAUGUGAUAUUCACCAACUGGGCAUUUAAUAUAUAUUAGUAUACAUUAUUAUCACUGCUUAAAUGAAGUUUAAUACAAUAGUUGGUACAAUAUCAGUACCAUUGUGUUUUUUAGCCUAUGUUUUUGUUAUAAUUAACAAGAACCAUUUUAAUAAAUUUAGUUAAAUAACUAUUGAGAGGUCAAGAUCUUCAUACAAGAAGUGGUGUAUCUCAAUGUCAGUAUCAAUUCUAUGAUAAAUAUAAAUUAAUUAGAUCCUUUGAUUAACUAUCAUUAAAGCAAAUCACCGAGGGGGCUUAAAUUUAGUGUGAGUCUGCCCCUGUUCUAAAGUUAAUUUUAAUUUAUUAAGUGAUGCCUGUAUGAGACAAAAUUGUAUAAUGUGACUAUAUUUACUGCUUAUAUACCUAUUUAAAAUGUUGUUAAAUAUGAAUUUAUGCUUUAAAUUAGUAGAUAUUUGUUGUAUGAAAAUUAACUUAAUGUAUCUAUUUUCUAUUUUUUUUUUUAUAGCCAAUAAAAUUUAAAAAUUAUAGUUAACAAAGUAUUUUUUAUUUUCAAAUUUUUCAGCAUUACCUCAGUGUCCAGAAUUGCACCGAACAAUAUUUCCACGCAAUGAAGAUAUUGGAUCUUUUUUACGCGUUGAUGGCACUGUUGUAAGAACAGUAUUACCCAAGUUAUUAGAAUACAAAAGAAUUUAUUAUUGCACUAAAUGCAAAGAACCAUUUGAUGUAAAGGUAUAGUAACAUAAUAUACAAUUUAGUUUAUUAUUUGUAUAAUAGUAUUCUUAAUUUUUUAAGAUUGGUAUAUAUCAAUUUAUUACUUUAGUCAUAAAACAUAAUGCAAAAGCAUAAAUCACAAUUUAACAUUUUGCAUCAAAUAUUUUUUUUUUCUUGACAAUUUAGCAACCUUUGAAAAUUCUAACAGAAAUAGCUGCUGUUCACUUGUAGAAUUUCUAUCAUAUUUAAUGUUUCAAAUAAAUUAUUUUGAAUGCCUAAAUAUCUACAUUAAGUUAAUUAGAUAGCUCUUAAUUUAUAAACAUUUUCACUUUGAAGCUUUGUAGACAAAAUAAAGACAUAAAUAAAAUGUAAAGGUAUCAUAUAAUAUUAGAUGUUAAUGUAUAAGAUAAAAUACAUAUUUUCUGUAUAACAUGGAAAUAAUAAAACAAACUAAAGCAUAGUAAGAACGAUUUUUUUAUAGCUCACUAACUACAUCCAUUAAUGAUAGUUAAAAUCAUAGAUAUUUUAUAAAUGUCUAUAGUUUUAUUGUAAACAUCAUCCGCAGUACAUUACCUAUCAUUUAAAACACAUAAUUGUAUUUUAUAGAUUGAUUAUGAACAAUUUAACAAACUUAUUGUUCCUUCACGGUGUCCCAAUCCAGAAGACUGCCCAGGUACUAAUUUAAAACCAUUUAAAAACGAUAAACAAUUUAUAAAAGAUUAUCAAGAAAUUAAAGUUCAAGUAUUUAUUACUUAAUUCAGUAAAAAUUGUAUUCUGGUUUAAUUAAAUUUUAUUUUAGGAACAAAUUGGCAAAGUAGGGCUAGGAGCAAUGCCUCGUUCAAUGUGGGUUUCUUUAGAAGAUGAUUUGGUUGAUAAGUGUAAACCGGGUGAUGAUGUCAUAAUAUGGUAAAAAAAUACCCGUGGGACUAUAAAACUUUAAUAGUUUCUAUAAUUUGUUUGAUUUAACCAGUGGUACUGUAAUUCGAAGAUGGCAUCAAACUACUGAAAAUGCUUAUAUUGACAUCGAAUUGUGUUUAAGAGCAAAUCAUUUAAUUGUUUGUAAUGAUCAACAAUCUGCAAUUAUGAUCACUGAUGAGUGGAAAAAAGAAUUUGAAAAAUAUUGGGAAGAUAAUAAAAACAAUCCAUUUGCAGCCAGAGAUCAUAUUAUUGCAUCAAUUAGUCCUCAAGUUAGUAAAAAAAUUAUUCUUAAUUUAUGAAGUUGGUUUAAUAAUUUUACUAUUUCAGACUUAUGGCUUGUAUACAGCAAAGUUAGCUGUAGCCUUAGGUUUGGCUGGGGGGGUACAGCGACCAGCAUCAGAAGACAGCACAAUACGAAUUCGAGGUGAAACUCAUUUAUUAUUAGUUGGUGAUCCAGGUACUGGCAAAUCACAGUUACUUAAAUUUGCCUGGAAAAUAUGUCCUAGAUCAAUAUUUACUACAGGAGUUGGUUCAUCAAGAGCAGGACUCACUGUAGCUGCAUUUAGGGUAAUGACUUAGUAUGCAGAGCAAUACAUUUUAGUUAGAUUAAUAGCUACUUUACAUUAAAGGAUUUUUACAGAUUUUUAUUUAAGUUAUUUUGGCAGAUAUCUGUCUUGGUAGUAAAUAUAUGUUUGACUGGAUAUUAGGGUCAAAUAUUUAAUUUAUUUAAUUGUUAUUUUUAUAUUAUUAUUUAAUUAUUACUAGGAAGGAUCUGAAUGGCAUUUAGAAGCUGGAGCUCUAGUAUUGGCUGAUGGUGGAAUAUGCUGUGUUGAUGAGUUUGGUUCUUUAAGAGAAGAUGACCGUACAGCAAUUCAUGAAGCUAUGGAGCAACAAUCAAUUAGUGUAGCCAAAGUAGAUAUUAUAUUUUUUUUUUUAAUGUUUAAAAUAGAUUUGUAAAAUUGAUAUUUUAUUUACUUUUCAAAGGCUGGUUUAGUUUGUAAACUUGAUACUCGUUGUACUGUAAUGGCUGCAAUGAAUCCAAAAAAUAGAUACAAUUUGAAUUUAUCUAUAGCAGAAAAUAUAAAAGUCGCCAGUCCAUUAUUAAGUCGCUUUGAUUUGAUUUUGAUUCUUAUAGACACGAAAAAUGAAGAAUGGGAGAAGUAAUAGUGUUAUUCUUAUACUAUUCCAAUGCAAUAUAAAUAAAUUGUUUAAAUUGCUUUUAUAGAGUUGUAUCAUCAUAUGUUCUUCAAGGAAAAAAACCAGGAGCUCAUAAAAACAGUACAACAUUGUGGAAUUUAGAAAAACUUCAACACUAUUUUUGCACCAUAAGAAAUAUGAAACCUGAAACUACAGAAGAUGCAAACAUAAUAUUAAGUAAAUAUUAUUGGAUGCAACGCCAAUGUACUCACAGAAAUGCCGCUAGAACUACUGUAAGAUUUUUGGAAAGUCUUUUAAGGUAGUUUUAUUUUAUAAUUUUUAUUUGAUAACAAAAAUAUUGAUUUUGUAUAAAAUAUUUAUUAAAAAACAAAGCAUGUAACGAAGCAUAUAUAAUAUAUAUAUUAUAUACCUCUUAGUGUCGUUCUUAAAUUAACAUCUCUCCUUUGCUAAGGUUUUUCUUUUUACUGAUAACAUUAAAAUCUUCUCCCGAAUUGAUUCCCCCUCUGGUUGUAGAUAGAUCUUGAUGCCUUUCUUGUAUGGUCCAAACUUGUUAACCUAGACUUAAAUUUCAGCAAACGUCACACCAUGACCUUUUCUAGGAAGCAUUCUCCUAUUUUUCAUCUGUAUUCACUGGGUGAUUCCCCUCUCACUCGUGUUGAUGGAAUCAAGGAUCUUGGUUUUCAUUUAUCCUCUACCAUAUCGAUGUUACUGUUGAGCGUGCUCUAAAAAUCCUUGGGUUCAUUAAACGCAAUUCUUCUUUUUUUCCUCAUCCUCACUUGAUACUAGAGUUCAGAAUCACUGUUUGACACCCCUACUUUGCGUGUGACCAACUGCACAUUGAACGGGUCCAGAACUGUUUUCUUUUGUUUGCAGCCUAUCAACUGAAGAUAACUCGUCCAUCACAUUACUAUGACUUUUAACUCAACAUCCCUACUUUUGACUCUCGUCAUAUAAAUGCUAACCUUAUUUUCAUUUCCUCUCUUCUUAAUGCUACGCUCGAUGCACCUGACUUACCAAUAAAUGUCUCUUUCCGUGUCCCCUCACACUACAUUCGAAAUCAUUUCCUCUUUUCCAUUCCAGCUCACCUCACAUCUUAUGGCCACAAUGAACCUCUCCAUAAAAUGUUGGGUCACCUCAACCAUGCUUAGCCUGCACCUCUACUUAUCAUUACAAUUUAACUGUAUACUAAUUAUUGUUCUCUUACCACUAUCCUCGGAGGGUUUCUAUAUUUAAAUAAAUAAAUAAAUAUAUAUUUUUAUAUAACAAAUAAACAUAAUAUUGAAUAUUUAACAUAAUAUUAUAUAAGUAUAAGAUUAAACACAACUGAACAACAAUAGACUAAUGGUACUAUAAGUUUAAUGAUAAAUGCAACUUAAAAAUUGUGCUGGUUUAAAGUGAAAUACGACUGUAAAAUCUUAGUUAAAGGCGAAAAAAAGAAAUCAUUAAUGAGGCACUUGUUGUAAAGCGAAAAUGCUCUUGAAAAGGGGGAGUUGGCUUGAUAAUUUGUGUUGUAACACGGAAUAUAGAAAGGUAGGUUAGUAUAAGAAGGAACAUUAAAAGGAAUAGAGUUUAGAAGAUGACAGAACAAAUGUGCCCGUUGAUUAAUUUAUGUAUACAAGUUAUAUUAGAAUAACACAUCUGUCCCCAAUAUCAGCUUUUUUUAUAUUUUAAUAUUAUUGUUAUUGAGUAAUUUAAAAUUAAAUUAAAAUUGUAUAUUGUUCAUACUUUUACAUAUUCAUAAUUGCUUUUUUUAGAUUAUCUCAAGCACAUGCAAAACUCAUGUUCCGUAGUCAAGUACUUGUUCAAGACGCCAUAGUUGCUGUGUCAUUAAUGGAAUGUUCAAAUGAUGACGGAUCUCCAGAUAGCAUUAACACCUUGUAUACUAAAUUUCCAUCGUGUCCUAGAGAAACAUAUAUCAAAGAAAGUAAUAUGUCUAUUACAAUACAAAUAUUAAACUAUAUUAAUAACAAGGUUUAUUGAUUUAUUUUUGAUUUUAGUGGAAAUAAUUUUAAAAAAGUUAGAUUUGGAAGACAUUCUAGAAAAAGAAAUGGAAUUAUGGUGUCAAUCAUCCAUAAUAAAUGUGCCUAAUACAAGUAUAAGUGAAAUUAAUACAUCUAAUGAACUAUUAAAAAUUCCAGAGAAUCUUUUAACUAACAAAAUAUCAGAAGCAAUACAAAAUAUAAAGAUAAAAAAGCAAAAUGACUUUUACAUGUCACAAAUUCCCAAAACAAAAAUAAAAACUGUUCUUUCUAAAGUAAAGAAAAUAUUGCCCAACUCAUCCAAACAAGUUACUACAGAAGUAUUUGAUGAAGACAUUAAUGAUAAAGAUAUAUUUGUUAUCAAUUCCAGGAAAAAAGAUAAUAAUGUUUCUUUAAAUUUAUCAACUCCAUCAACUACAACUUUAAUAUCACCAAAAAAAUUGGCAGACAAGUCUUUUAGUUUAAAGAGAAAAAGUAAUAAAUCACAGUCACCACCACCUAUAUCUUUAGAUACAGGGCAAUUAGCAAGACUAAAGUUAAGCGCUUUUAGGUACAAACAAAAAUCAACAUGUUUGGAUGAUAAUACUAAAAAAGUUAAAUUGAAUAACUCAAAACCACUACCAACCCAAGAGCAAUCAGAUUUUGCAUCAAUUUUCUCAACUGGGGAUGAUGAUGAUUUAUCAUAUUUAGAUACAGUUUAAGCUUUUUCUUUAUACCUUUGUACAUUGAAAAAUAUUUUCAGUCCUAUCUGAUGACUGUUAACCUUUUUUAUUAAUUGUUAAUUUUUAAUCUUUCAAAAUAUAUAUUACCUAUUUAUAGUAAUUAAAUAAAGAUGUAUUUAUUAUAUGAAAUAUAA